ACCAGUCAGACCGCAGCAGAUGCAGAAAUCAACACGCCGCCGCUGAUUUCUCUGCACUCCUCACCGUCCGACCAACACCAACAACCCCUCCGGAUAACGUGUGCUUAUCCCAAACAGUCUACUCUUUCCUUCUCUGCCUGUUGGACUGAACAGACCACAUCAUGUCUAAAGGUACAGUGGUUCUGGCCUACAGUGGCGGACUGGACACAUCCUGUAUUCUGGUUUGGCUGAAAGAACAGGGCUACGAUGUGAUAACAUUCUUGGCCAACAUUGGGCAAGAGGAAGAUUUUGAAGCUGCAGUGAAAAAGGCAGAAAGCCUUGGUGCAAAGAAGGUUUAUGUUGAAGACCUGCGCAAAGAGUUUGUAGAGGAGUUCAUCUGGCCUGCAGUUCAGGCAAAUGCCAUCUAUGAGGACCGAUACCUGCUGGGCACUGCAAUAGCACGGCCCUGCAUCGCUCGCCGUCUUGUCCAAAUUGCACGCAGAGAGGGUGCCCAGUUUGUCUCCCAUGGUGCUACUGGAAAGGGCAAUGACCAGAUUCGUUUUGAGCUCGUAUGCUACGCCCUCUACCCUGAAGUCAAGAUCAUUGCACCGUGGAGAGUCUCUGAAUUCUACAACUGCUUCAAGGGGAGAAAAGACCUGAUGGAGUAUGCACAGAAACAUGGCAUCCCUGUGCCUGUCACUCCUCGAGCACCCUGGAGCAAGGACGCCAACCUCAUGCACAUCAGUUAUGAGUCUGGCAUCCUGGAGAAUCCCAAGAGUCAUGCUCCUUCUGACCUGUACCUGAUGACCAAGAACCCGGAAGAUUCUCCCAACACCGCUGAUGUACUGGAGAUAGAGUUCAAAAAUGGAGUGCCUGUGAAGGUUACCAACCUGAACGAUGGCAAUUCCAAGAACUCACCGCUGAAUAUCUUCUCAUACCUCAAUGAGAUUGGUGGAAAGCACAGCGUGGGUCGGAUUGACAUUGUAGAGAACCGUGUCAUUGGCAUGAAGUCCCGAGGGAUAUAUGAAACCCCAGGAGGCACAAUUCUGUUGAAGGCUCACUUAGACAUUGAGACCUUUACCAUGGACAAAGAAGUACGUCGGAUCAAGCAGGGACUGAGUAUCAAGUUCUCUGAAUUUGUCUACAAUGGUCUCUGGUACAGUCCAGAGGGUGAAUUUUUGCGGCACUGCAUAGCCAAGUCCCAGGAGAAUGUGGAGGGCAAAGUACAGCUGUCUGUCUUCAAGGGUCAGGUCUACAUCCUGGGACGAGAGUCACCUAAGUCUCUCUACAACGAAGAGCUGGUCAGCAUGGACACACAGGGAGACUACGACCCCAGUGAUGCCUCUGGAUUUAUCAAGAUUAAUGCUGUCAGGUUAAGGGAACACCAUCGUUUGCAGGGAUUGUCCAUCGGCAAGUAACUGCUGCAGUACUGGGAACCAUCUGUCUUUCUUCCCUCCUCACUCCACCAUGUCUUAAGCAGUAGUAGGGUCUUAGUCUUUUGCCUUAUUGUCUUCUGUUGGUUAUUUUCAGGGUAUGUAGCACACUAGCAAGCACACCAGACUCAUACUGCAAAACUGUGACAUUUCUUCGGUGGGAAAGAGUGGAGGAAGAAAAAUCAAUGAAACGUUUGUGCCAGGAAAAUAGCUUGAAUCAGGUGUACCGGUGAUUGUUAGCUAUAAUGUUGGUGAGCAUUAUAGUAGUUUGUAUUUCUUAGUAUUUUAGUUUAUUUUUUUCGCAUUCUUGGCAUCAGUAGGUCAGUGCUUGAACACAAAUAUUUCUAACUAGAAAUUCUUUGUUUUGAAUAAAAUGGAGUGAAUUGUG